GUCAAAGGGAUCAAACAAAGACCAGAUCCAGAUGCAACGUUGCACUUCCCAAACAUUGUCCCAUUGCUGCCUCUGGAUGUACCUGAAUUAUGAGAAGAAAUGCACAUUUUGUGGCUGAGGAAACACCAACCUACAGCACAAUAAUGAAAAGCAUGGACUCACGGGUGAGAUAGAGGAGAACAGACCUUCAGCACCUCUGCAAGGGCUCCCAGGGCAGCAACAUGCUACAGGUCAUGGCAAGAUGAUGAAAGGUUGGUCUCGUGCCUGUGCCAGUGGACUUGGUGUCAUUUUGGCACCUGCCUUCUGUCCAUGGUGGCACAGGCUCCUUUUCAUAGCCAGGAGGCUGGGGCAACUCAUCCUGCUGGUCCUGGUGGUGGUGCUGAGUGUGCGGGCUUCUCACCCCGGAUUACUGCUCCAAGUUUUUCAGGGCUCCCCACAGCCAGUGGUGACGAGUGUUCCACAGCUGGGCAGUGGGAUCCAGGGAGGGAACCAGGUGGAACAGUGCAUGUUUUCAUCCCUGGUGCGGUAUUUCUGCAAGCCUCAAGGGGACAGUCCCACAGCCUAUGCUGGCUGCAAGCUGUGUCCCCGGGACUGGCAGCUCCAUGGGGAAAGAUGCUACUGGCUUUCUGAGGAAUCAGGAAACUGGACUCAAGGCAUGAAAAGCUGUGAAAAUCAGGAUUCCCAGCUGGUGGUGCUCCAGGACAAGAAAGAAAAGGAGCACAUUAAGACUGUUACAGGCAAGAGCCCAUUACCAGUGUGGAUUGGAUUAAGGUCACAUCAGAAGGUGUGGAGAUGGGUGGACAACACACCUUUCAACCCCAAAAUGCUUGGUACCUCUCUGCGUGAGAUGGAUGAAGGGUGCGGGACACUGAGAGCCAAGGACUUCAAAGUUAAUAAAUGUGAUGCUGAACACAAGUGGGUUUGCAAAAAAAAACCUUUCCUGCUCUGCUCUGUGGCAGCAGAACAUGGAGAGAAAAGCGAUGCCUCCAUCUGACAAAUACCCACCCCAAAAUGUCCAUCCCAGAAGACACUUGCUGCCAAUAUUUGGGGUGAAAUAGCCCCAUCCUCACACUUUUGGCUUUGAAGGAGAUUUCAGGGCUUGCAAAUCCUCUUACCAUGAGGACCAAGACUAGUUUUGGGGGCACAGAUGAGACUGAGCCGGAGAAUCAGAAAGGCCUGUGCCUCAGGCACAGUGUUGAUGGAGGUGUGGCAUCAAUAAAAGCUUAUCAAACUG